UGAAAGUUGACACGAAAUAUUUUUAUCCGGGUGAUAAAAUAUUCACCAUAUCUGGACACCCGUCAUGUUAUCGGUCUUGCAAGUUGGCGAGAUCCGUGUUGCAGACGACUCUGACUUUCGACGACUCAAAGCCUUGAGUGACGAUAGUCAGAAUUGGAAACAAGAGUAUCAGAAAAAUGCCACAAGUGUCUGGACCAAAAAUAAUGAAGUUUGCAAUUUCAAAAUAAUUAAGGUUCGAACAACAUUUGAAGAUGUAUCAGCAGAAGUGCUGUAUGAUGUUCUGCAUGACCCAGAGUAUCGGAAGACCUGGGACCACUCCAUGAUGGAUGGCUAUGAGAUUUGCGCCAUUAACCCGAACAACGACAUAGGCUACUAUGCCUUAAGAAGCCCUCCACCUUUGAGAAACCGUGACUUUGUAACCCAGAGAUCGUGGCUUGACACAGGAGCAGAAAAAUGGAUCCUCAAUCAUUCUGUUAACCAUGAGGCGUGUCCACCAAGAAAGGGCUUCAUUCGAGGGAUCUCAUACUUGACUGGGUACCUGAUCAGACAGAUGGGGGACAAGGUCCAGUUUACAUACGUUGCACAGUCAGAUCCUAGAGGAAAACUGCCAGUCUGGGUUGUGAAUAAAGGCACCAAAAUUCUAGCACCAAAGAUUAUUUCCCGUAUCCACAAAGCAUGUAAAGGUUACACUGCUUGGAAACAACAGCAUAAUCCUCACCUCAAGCCCUGGAUUUUCCCAGAACAGAUGACCCUGCCUCGCCUAGACAUGUCACAAAUCAAGCCUCUGACGACUGCGGUGUCAUCCGAGUCCCUGGAUGAGAGUGGAGUUAAUGAAGACGAGGUCGCUGUUGAGGAAUAUGUUAAUGAUUAAUGAUGGUUAAGUGUUAGGGGACUCUUGUAGAUUUCUUUUUGUUGUAGUAUAUCUUGGGAUAUUUUGCCCAAAGUCGAUUAGUUUAGGUAAAAUGAGGUUUUGACUGUUAUUACAUUGUAUUUGACUGAAUUUUACUGAAGAAAAUAUGCUAGGAUUGAUAGUGCAAUUAAUUUUCAAGUGCAAAAGUGAUUUUUUUCAAAUUGGGGCUCCGACUUUGUCCCAAACUUUCUGUCCAAAGACAUGACACAUUUGAUAGUAAAAUGAUUUGGAAGAAUUAGUAUGUGAUUAUUAGUAAUUUGUUAUCUUUGGCCUAGGCCACAUUAAAAACAUAGUUUGUUUGGCCUUACCUGACUGGUUCACGAAAACGACCACAACAGGAACAUUUUUUUUAACCUCUCCUGUGUCUACAUUUUCCCCCCGUUUAUCUUUACGCAUUAAGGGGUUAAGAAUUUAUAACACCUACCUAUUUACACUGUGUGAAUACCAUGCGUCAUUAAAGCUUCAUUGGAAGGCAAUAUUUUGCUUUCAACAAACACUUGAGAAAAAAAAUAACUUGACCAUUUCUUCACCAUUUUAAAAGAAACAUAACGCAGUCCACACUGCUUACAGAGCCUCUUUUGGUCUUUUAGAGUUUGAUUGAGUUUAGUUACUUAAAACACUUCGACAAGCCUUUUCACAAAAACGACACCUAGUGAGUAGUGAGCACUGUUAAAACAUUAUUUUAGAAACAGGUUUGUCAAAGUGUUAGAUGAAACUAAUAACCUUAUCAAACUCCGGUAAUAAAACGAAGGCAGUGCUCAUUAAGCAGCAUUGACUGCCAUUUGUUUCAUUUAAAAUGGAGAAGAAAAGGAAAAUUAUCAUUGUUUUUUAUCUUCUUUCGAAGCAAAAUGUUGACUUCUGAGGUAGCAUUUAUGACAUAAUUUAUCACCUGGUAUACACUCACUGUAUCUACCCAACUCUUAAAUUAUGGGUCAGAUGAGGCGAAAUAAAUUAUUGUUUAAAUGGGGCCUCAGUUCCACAUUGAAUUUCACAUUGUCAUUACUUUCUAUUGCAUUUUCGGUUGGACCACUGUUGUAUGUAUAAAUUGUAGAUAUUUUCAAAUAUGAAAGUGAAUUGAAUUAUUUAGUCUUUUAUUAGUGUUCUCAUGUGAGAAAAGGGUUGUAUUUGUUAAGUUUUAUCUGGAUUACCCUUGUCUGAACCCACAUUAUAUUAUUCCAAUCACUUGACAUAUUUGGCCGAUAUUAAUUUAUUUUUGCUCGAUUGUAAGAAGACAGCUUAAAGCUGACACCUAUACCACUAGGCAACUCUAUAGUAUUAUUAUUCAAUACAUUAUCAAUAGACUGGGUAUGGAGGAUGGUGAAAUGAAUUUACUUAAUAAAUCUAGAUGUAUUUGCAAGGUCAUGAUUCCCAAUAAGUUUUGGUUUAACUGUCUCAAAUACAAAAUUAACCAACCUGUGUUCAAGAAAAGUGCUUUUUGAAAAAAUAACUUAUUUGGCAAAGUUGAACCAACCCUAAAGUCCUUUGAACCAUCAGUUUUGACCAGCAGCCUGCUCAUAUUGCGAACCAUGAAGGUGAAUGUGAAGAUGAAAUCCAAAUAAUUAGAUCUUUUUCUUUAUUCAAUGUCACUUUGAUACAACCAUUUCACUCCCACCACUCAGUGUGAUUGCUGUAAUGAUUACAACCUACAAGUGAUCAGUAAGUUUAAGGUACCAUGUGUUCAAUUAACUGUUUUCUUUUAUCAUGCCAUUAGCCGUAAUGUUAAAUGUUGAUUCCUGAUGAGGCCGUUUGAUUUUGGUAUCAUUUGAAAGUGUGUUUCAUACUAACAAAUCAUGUUAGUAAAUAUAACAUAUUCUUUUUCUCUACAUAAACCCUUUCAAAUAAUACCAAAAUAAUAUGGGGACACCAGGCAUCCAAAAAUGACAUAACUAUUCAUUCCAUACAUGAAGGGACCAUUGUUAUAACAUUAUUUUUUUCUAGCUUAGUUGUCUUGUCUCAGAUCAUAAAGUCAUAAGAAAAAUUCCCAUAGAAAUAUCUGUAUUUAUUUGAUCUUUUGCCUGUUGAAAAAAAUAACAAAAUGAGCAGAUGAUUAUUCUUGGUGAAAAAUAAAAAAAAUAAACCAUUUUUUUUAAAGUUGUUUUAAUACAAUUAUUUUCUAAAAGUUUGAUUUUUUAAUUAUUUUUUUUUCAAAUUAGAAAAUUUGCAAUAAUACUUGUGAUAAGUUUUCUUCCUCAUACUAUUUUUAAACUUUAAAAAGAAAAAUCUGUUCAUUAUUACCAUUUAUAAGUCCAUAUGAUGAAUUUUAUUGAAACAAAAUUAAACACUUCAUAUUGUAUUCAUAUCUACAUUACAUUGGGACAUUUAUUGUGGGUUUCGUAGAAUUUCGAAGUCAAUAUUCACAACUCAUAAAUUUCAAGUUGACUAGUUCACGUUUAUAGGGUCAGAUAUUAAUAAAAAAACAAAAAAACAAACACAAUAAUGUGUGAGAUGUUAAGAAAUUGUUUGCCACAAUGCUAAAACAUCAUUAAACGAUCAAAAUAGAGCUCUGUAGUUCUAAAUAGAAAUUUCUGGUCAAAUGGGUAUCUGCCGCUUGCUGUUCAUAAAAGUUAAGUAAAAAAAGACAGAUGCAACAAAAUAUUUGCCAACAUGUAGUUCUAUGAAUGAGUCUAGUUUCAGUGUUUUUUGUUUUCAAAACAUGUAAUUGAAAUAAUAAUAUGCCACUUGCUGUUCAAAGUAGUUUAUUUCAUCGUUUGAUGAUGUUUUAUCAUUGUGAAAAGCAUUUUGUUCAUAUUUUACACAUUAUUUAAGCAGAAUCCUGUUUAAAUUUAUAUAAUAUUUAUGAGCUAUGAGCUAUGGAGCUCUUAUUUGAUCAUUUAAUGAGGUUUUAUCAUAGCUCAUAAAUAUUAUAAAAAAAUCAAAGAAAAUUCUCCUUGAAUGUGUAUCUGCCAAAUAGUGUUUGGUGUUGUUCAUAAAAGUUAAGUAAAAUAACACAAUUUCAACAAUCUUACUAAAUAAAAGUUUUUGCCAACAUCAGAUCUGUGAGUGAGUACAUUUAAAGGGUUUCUUGUUUUCAAAACAUUUAAUGAUUAUGAUUUGUUUUGUUAUUUAUUGUGUAUGAUGCAGUUAAAUUUGUGCUUCCUUUAUGAGUUUUGUGCUAGAAUGGUCUUUUAUUAAGGUUUUUCUUCUGAUGGAAAGGGUACUAUUAUUUACAUUUAGCCAAUAUUUAGGUGCUUAGUUGAUUUUCUUUCUUUUUUAUGUACCGGUAUAUUGUAGUGUUUCGCUGGGUAUAAUUCUGUGCAAUGCAAUUUUAUACAUACAUGUUGUAUAUUGAUUUCCAUCUUCUUGACUGUAGCAAAUUGUUUGUUUUUUUCUUCUUUUUCUUUUGUACAUGUAUUUCAUAUGGCCAUGAUUAUAUAUUGAUUGUUAUGUAUUUGAAAAUCCAAAUAUAAUAUUCAUAUUUUGUUUUUAAUAUUUGGAUUUGGCCACAUAAAAAAUCUUUCAUUCUUUCCCUUUUGACUGUUUUGCUUAUUCACUCAAUGUGCAAUUACGUUCACUGUCAAAUUUAACUAUAUCUCUUAAAAUUGUAUUAAACAUGUUUUGCCAUUCCUGUUCAUAACUGUAAUGAUUACUACAACCGUUACUUGAGUUAUUGAAAUUUAACACAAGCGCAAAGCUGUAUAAUUUCAAUCACAAGGAAUUUAGGUUUAUGUAAUUGUUUUGUAUUGUGUUGUCAAGGAUAAUGUUUAAUAACUAGCAUGUGUUCUAGUGAAUAGAGCUGUCAUAAAUUGCUGAUAUUGCAUGGCAAAGCUCCGCCUUCUUGGUUACUGUUUGGGUAUGGGAGUAAAUAUUUUGACAAAAACAAAAACAAAUUGCUCUCUGACAUGGUACAUACUGUAUUUUAUGAAAUGAUUUCAUUGUUUGUUUGAUGAGCAAUCUUCACAUACAUGUUAAGACUUGUUUAUAGUAGUAAUUAAUAGAAUGGCUGAUCUUGAUGAUAUAAGAUGAUGAGAAUAGACCUUCAUAGACACAAAUCAUAUUUAGUCUUAAAUUUCAGCCAUGAAGCUAUCUUAAGGUUAUUUAACUGCUAUUAAAGCACGCAUUAACCCAUGGUUCCCAGGAUCAAGAUUUUUGGCCCUGUAUGAAGUGAUAAAGGGGGACUAUCUUAUCAACGCAUGGACGACAAAUAUUAUAAGAUCAUGAAGUCUAGUUGAAUAAUUAGUGAGUGGCAAAAAUCAAUUUUAAUUUUUAAACCUUGCCAACACUGACCAAUAAAGAUCCUAGUUUGCAAAACAGGUAUUAUAAUUACACAGAACUCCAAAAAGUGAUCUCACGAUAGGUGCGUUGAUAAGAUCGACCUCAGACUUUUUCUUCAGUUGAUUUCAAUCUUUUAAAUUGACCCUAUCCACUAUGUAUUCCAAUCACAUGACACAGCACACACACAAUUUUUUUCAUCAUUGUGAUAAUUGCAAAAUCAUGCUCAUCGGUGUUAUUGAUGUUUUCGUAACACUAUGGGCCUAUUGUUAAGAACUUUGUUAUAGUUAAUAACAUUGUUAACAGUAUCGUUGUUAACUUUUUAAGGUGGUAUAUUUUAUUUUGUGCUCACAUAUUUAGAUAAAACGAGCAUAGCUGAAUAGGUUGUCUCAAUAUUGUCUCAACAAGUACCACAGAUCACAUGUGUGGCCAGGAAACUUUCGGAGUAUAACAGAUCUGAAAGUUAACAAUGAUCCAGUUAACAACGUUGUUAACUUUACAAUGUUCUGAACAAUCGGCCCAUUAAUGUACAGAGAUCUGUUGUUAACUUUACUCUUUUUUUAUUGUUAAUCUAUGCUUAUAACUGUCUGUAAAAGAAUUGCACUUGUAGGAUGCUCUAGUCUUUAACACAAGUUGAGAUCACAUUUUUUCCCACCUCAGAUAAGUAGAUCCAUUAAUUUAACCAUGCUAGAAAUUCUUAUCUUGCCCACGGGCGAAGAUAAAAUGCCCGUAUGGAACUUCUUUUAAUGGUCAACAUAUUGUAAUUACCUCCCUUGUUGAAGACUGUCGUCUGUAGUGCAACAUGGAAACCUUGUCUUGUGGCAAUAUUUAGAACGCUGGUUAAUUAUUUCUCGCUUCAACUGUCACCAGAAAAAAGUUUUCACGCACCUUUCAAGAAAUAAUGUUUCACUCUUCUUAGAACUAUUUAAAGACCGAUCAGACCAUUUACAUACUCUGAAUCACUGCGUGAAUAUCCAUGACAACCACGAAUUAUCGCAUAUCCGUACGCAAUUAUUUUCACUAAGCACAAAAGAGUUCCAGCAAAAAAAUACAUUUUUACUUAAUUUUGUUUAACUGAGGUGGGAGAAAAAGCAUCUACCAUAGCCGCUUGUGUAAGAUGGGUUCAUCCCGACCCUCGUGCAGGGUGUUUUGCAGAAACUUGGUAAACCUCGUUUCCGCAAAACACCCUACUUGCCCAAGUUUAAUUCACUCAAAUAUGUAGCUAUAUAAGGAAACAAUAACACGAAAGAUAACUUUGACUAAAUCAACGUGGAUCUUUGUUGAAACUGCCACUAAAAUCGAUCUGUUCAAAGUUGAUGCUUUUGCAUGAUUGCAUUUUUUUUUAAUACAUUUUAUGUAAUUUGAAUAUAUUCAAAUUUUUUAUAUAUAUAAUUAUGUCCUACUUACACCCUUGCUGCUAUUUCAUUGGUAUGUUUGUUUUUUUGUUGCAUAGAAUAAUACAGGAAUGAUGAAAUGUUUCAAAAGUCUUAAAUUUGCAUACAAUUCUGAACUUUUGAAGAGUUCCUGCACAAUUUCAAAUGUAUUCUGAAUUUAGACAGUGAUAUCCAAACCAUGACCUACCUUCUGUGAAGGCAUACACAUUUCUUAUAACACCAUACCGCUUUGUAAAUUUUGAAUUUCAUAAAUUUGACAAAUUU